AUGGCAAAGUGGAUGAAGCCGCUACGUGCUUUCACUGGAUUGUUCAGGAGGGGUGAGCGUCAGCAGGCCGAAGCAGAUCAGCGGAAGUCAUCAUUGAAGAAGGUCGACAGAAGUUCCAAGGACGCUAGCAGGAGCAGCCAACGUUUGCGCUUUGCCACGGAGGACCCUCAGCCGGCGCGAGUCGCCGGAGACAAGGGUCCGAAGGAGUCGAGGAUGCCGCGAUGCGUGAAGGAUGCAACGAAGGAUGCGAAAGAGGAUUCCGCUUUGGAAGGUUUUGGUGGGCCCAUCAAGGCGAAGCCGAUGCAGACAGCACACAGUCAGGCUGAUGAGCUGAGCUGCCACGCCACUGCUGCCUACAUGUCCGUCACUGGAUAG